GCCAGGGACUAGGAUGGGGCCAUAAGCAGUCAUACCAAGGAAUCGAAUCCCAGCAGUGGAGUUUACUGAGCCUUGUCGGACUAGCAAGGUAUAUCCACGGAACGGUCCGCGUUCAAGACCCGUGCUACUGCUGUGGAGCACCUUUGGACUUCUCCAGGUUGACAGAUGCUAAGCUAUUUGCAGGGAGUUUUUCUUUUGCCAAGUGGCACAUGCCAACGAGAUUGGUCACUUCGCUGGGCAGUAUCCCAUGGCCCAUAAAUGUCUGACUGCCCAGCCCCGUCGAGGUUACCUAGUACGUAAAAACAUCGAUGUAAGACUGAGAGGUAUAAUAAGCUUCUCAUCGUCCUUGAGCAAGAUCAAUUUCUGGCAGACUCAGCCUUCAUUCCUUGAAUAAUCCUGACCACCAUGAGGUCUCAACGCAGCAUUCUCGGUUCGUUGCUGGUGGGCGUGACCACGACAUUGGCCUCGCCCGCCAGCCCCCUGUCGUCUUUUGUCGAGUCUAGGGCCUCUUCUCUGGACUGGGCGCCUUGCGACUUGGAUCUCCCCGAGAACGCCAUGAGAGAACAAGGCUAUUGUGCCACCCUCGAGGUUCCUCUGGACUAUACUGACCCGGACUCUGACGAGACGAUCCAUCUCCAGCUGCUCCGAUUCAACGCCACCAAGGAGCCCUUCAAGGGCAGCGUCCUGUGGAACCCGGGUGGCCCUGGCAUCUCUGGUAUUGAGACGUUUGCCUAUCUCGGCGCAGACUUUCGAGAUAUUAUUGGUGGUCACCACCAUGCCAUUUCUUUUGAUCCUCGUGGCACAGGCAGAACCAUUCCGUUUUCGUGCACGAAGAAGGCCAGCACGUCUAAGAAGACCCGCCGGAGCCAAGUGCCUCUAGCCCAAGCGGAUCUGUGGUCCUACGUAAAGAAAGAGAAGUGGGAGGCCAUGACAAGUCUGGCCGAGACUUGCUACGAGACCGAGCAGGAACAUGGCCGCUUCAUCGGCACAGCCUUCACAGCCCGCGACAUGAUCAAAAUUGUCGACGCCCUCGGUGAAGAUGGCAAGCUGAGGUACUGGGGCAUCUCGUACGGCACAAUCCUGGGACAAGUCGUCGCCUCCAUGUUCCCUGAUCGAAUUGACCGCCUUCUCCUCGACUCCAACUCACUCGCCGACGAUUAUCUUACAUCUACCGGUACUGGAGGCCCCAAGGAUGCCGAAAAGGCUUUGAAUUAUUUCUUCGACGAAUGCGUCCAGGUCGGACCCGAGACCUGCGCCCUUGCCAAUUACUCUGGGUCGGAUACAACCGCCCAAGACCUUAGCACCGCCGUCGAGAAACUUUUCCAAAAGCUGGUCGACACUCCCGAACUUCCAGCUGAUUCUGGACUGUCGGAGGCCGAUUUCCCAUAUGGAGGCAACUCUAUCCUCCAGGCGAUAAAGUACUCCCUUCUGAACCUGCUCUCCAGCCCCCUGUCGUACUCGACCAUCGUGCAGUUGCUCUCCUAUGCGCUCGAAGGUAGCUAUAAGAAGGCUCUGAGCCUGUCCCCAACGGACGAGUCCGAGUGGAACCUCGGAACACAAUCGUUCGCCGGAAUUGCGUGUUCCGAUACGUCGUUCCGUGUUGAGUCUGCCGAUGAUCUGUAUGCCAUGUAUCAAUCGCACCUGGCCGAGAGCACUUUUGGGGACGCCUUGGCUGCCGACUACAUGAAUUGCGGUGCCUGGAAAUUUGACUCUGCCGAGGAAAUCAACACGAAUGAGCUUCGCAACGUCAAGACGAGCUACCCAGUCCUUGUUAUUAACGGAGCCUAUGAUCCAUUUACGCCGCUGAGCAUGGCGUGGCAGGUGGCCUCUCGGUUCCGAGACAGCCGAAUGAUCGUGCACGAAGGCAUUGGCCACGGAGUGACAUCGCACGCAUCAAACUGUACGCUCAAUGCUAUUGCCGAUUAUUUCACGGAAGGGACCCUGCCAGAAAUCGGCACCGUUUGCAAGCCCAACAUGCUAGCCUUUGAGUACGCGAAAUACCUAUUAGGGCUGUAGGGGAUGAGCGAAGCGUAAGUCAACAUGGUAUGUGGAAGAUCAAUGAGGCCUCUUUUAGCCAGGAAUAGGGCACGAAACAGUGACCUAUCCUAAGGGUUUGGGAGGCAACCUUCUUGUGUUGCUCUAUCUAAGCGAGUGGUUUAAUUAAUAAAGUCAAUUACCUG